AUGCAAUCAAAAUUGGCUGCCACCGCCGUGAAUUUCAGUCGAAUCGUAUUAUUCGGCCCCAAAAGGCUUUUUCUGGGCCAACGACUCGGUUGCGCCACCACAACCGGCAGAACUGCCGAUCCAGCUUUGCAUUCCGUCGAGCCUGAAAAAUCCUGCAAUUAUUUACAGGAUGUCUACCCCACCGAAGCAAUUGAGGAUGAGAAACUCCGGCACCGGCCGGAAAAUGAGCCGACCGGCAACGGCAGCGAUCCAUAUGUUCCUCAGAAGUCGCCGAUUGACUCGGCGCCGAAACUGGAAUCCACCGGCAUCGGUCCGCGAACAAACCCCAUCGCGCAACAAAAACGACGUCGUAGUACCGAGAACUGUACCAAAAUCGACGACGUGAGCUGCGCCGGAAUCGACGGAAGCCCAUGGCCGGAGGAAGCUGACAGAAAGGCGGAGAGAGAAGAGCAAGCGGCGGAUAACAAGGAUUACUUCAAGCACCACAGGGCGUCGCCGUUGUCGGAGAUCGAGAUCGCGGACACCAGAGGCAUGAUUGCUAAGGCGAGCGGCGGAACUGCGCAGAGUAAAACGUUUGGAUACGAAUGGAGUGGAGGAAUCAUGGGGUGGAGGCCGGAGCAGCUGGAUUCUGCCGAGGAUUCUCUCCGCCGUGCGACGGAGAUAUUCAAAUGGAACGCGGUGAGAGGAGACCCAGAUUCUCCCCAUGGGAGAGUACUCAGAGAGCUACGUGGUGAAUAUUGGUGAAUUAUGUGAAUAUUAUAUAGUUAUAUUAUAAAUAUGCAAUGUAUAUAUUGUAUUUCAGUAUAAAUUAUGUCUCAAUUUUGCAAUAGAUAUAUAUAUUUUUUAUGAACAAAGAGUCUUGAAUAUUAUUGAAAUUCAUUUCUCUGUUUUAGGUUUGACACUUGACAUGCGUUUGUGUGACGGAUAUAUUUGCAAUUUCUAUUUUAUCUUUA